AUGUCUUCAAGAAAGGCACAUCGCGGGCUUUCCCGGCAUCUUUCUAAUAGUUCUUUGCAACAACUAAGGCUGUUAGAUACAGAAAUUAAAAAAAUAUCUAAUAUAGAUAAAAUAAAUGAAAGAAUAACUAGAAAUCAUAAAAAUAUACGAAAGCAAGUAGGAUCGAGUUCUAACGAAGAUAAGAAUAGUGAGAAUGAGCAUGUAGAUAUAUGUUUUUUGGAAAAUAGAUCGAAUUUUUAUUUAAGGACAAUAUGGACUUUUGCUAUGAUUUUUGGAUUUCUUGUGAUUGUUGCUGCUGGACAUAUUUGGAUUAUCAUUUUACUUACUAUUAUUCAAGUAAUAGUUUUUAAAGAAUUGAUGGCUAUUGUCAAUAUUUCAGAUAAGGAAAAAAAGAUUCCAUGGUUUCAGACCUUGAAUUGGUAUUUUCUUUCUACAACUUUAUAUUUUGCAUAUGGUGAAAGUCUUAUUUAUUAUUUUAAACAUAUUAUUAUUGUAAAUGCAUUUUUAUUUUCUAUUGUGACUCAUCAUCGAUUUAUUAGUUUUAUACUUUAUGUUGGGGGCUUUAUAUUUUUUGUUAUGAAUCUCAAAAAAGGACAUUACAAGUACCAGUUUACACAAUUCUGUUGGACCCAUAUGAUAUUAUUAUUAAUUGUGGGACAAAGUCAUUUUAUCAUUAAUAAUAUAUUUGAAGGCAUAUUUUGGUUUCUAUUACCCGCAUCACUUGUUAUAUGUAAUGAUAUUUUUUCAUAUUUAUGUGGAAAACUUUUUGGUCGAACUCAGCUUAUUAAACUUUCACCUAAAAAAACUGUUGAAGGAUUUAUCGGGGGCUGGAUUUGCACUGUGAUUCUUGGGCUUACUAUGGGGAAUAUUAUCCUUCAUUGGAAUUAUAUGAUAUGUCCAUUAAGGGAUCUUGGAGCGACUGCACUAAUCGGAUUAGAAUGUGUUCCAAAUCCAACAUUUAUUUUACAACAAUUUUCUGUUCCAGAAUUUAUAAUAUCAUAUUUGGGUUUUCCGUAUCAUACUAUUACUAUAAGACCUGUAGAAUUUCAUCUUAUGGUAUUUUCUACAUUCGCAUCUCUUAUUGCUCCAUUUGGCGGGUUUUUUGCGUCUGGGCUUAAACGUGCAUUUAAAAUCAAGGAUUUUGGGGAUUCAAUACCAGGACACGGAGGUUUAACUGAUCGUUUUGAUUGUCAAUUCAUAAAUGGUUUUUUUGUAUAUCUUUAUUAUCAUAGUUUUAUUGCUGUAACCCAUGUUUCUGUAGGGUCUGUUCUUCAAACUGCUAUUACUUCAUUAACAUAUGACCAACAAAUGAGACUUUCUAAUAGUUUAUAUAAAUAUCUUGUUUCCCAGGGUGUUUUGCCAGGUACUGUUCUUGAUUGUCUCAAAAAUUCUACAUUUUGA